AAAAGAAAAAAAUCCCCUGAAUCAAACACGUUUCAAGCGCCGGCUGUUUGCAUCGGUGUGAAAUUGGUCUGCUCGCAGAGUUUGGAAGGAAAAACAAGAUAAAGCUUAUUUGGUGAAGCUUCUCAUUUGACGCCCUCACCCGAAGAUGGUAUCAACGUUCGUUUGUUCCAAAUCGAACGCGGCGGUAGGUGGACUCAUCGCGGCGGAACUGCUGCGCCCGGCGUACCCGAUCGAAGUGCGCUGGGGCAACGAAACGUCCAUAUCGUACGCCACCCGGACGCUCGCCUGCAUCACCAACAACGAUGUGCUGCGGGCGCUGGCCAGGGUUGCGCCGGGGCUCCGGCUGUACGGCGAGACGCCAAUCGAGCGCACGCAGAUCGACCACUGGCUGACGUACACGCUGUCGAUGGAGAAGGACCCGUCGGACGAGCUGAAGUACCUGAACAAAUGUCUCGGCCCGCUGACGUAUCUCGUGGCGAACCAUCUUACCAUCGCCGAUCUCGCCGUGUUCAACGAGCUGUACGUGCGGUACGAGCAGCUGAAGAAGAUCGGCAUCCCGCAGCACGUGCAGCGCUGGUACAAUCUCAUGCUCGCGCAGCCCUGCACGAAGGAAGCGCUGGGCAAGCAUGCGGACGAGCUACGGUCGGCCGUUGCGACUGCCUGCUCCGGAAAGGCGAAGGAACCGAGCCCGGACAAGGGCGCAGCGGACGGUGGCAGUGGUAAGCGCGAGCAGGGCAAAUUCGUCGACCUGCCCGGGGCAGAGAUGGGCAAGGUGGUGGUACGGUUUCCACCGGAAGCGUCCGGCUACCUGCACAUCGGGCACGCGAAGGCGGCCCUGCUCAACCAGUACUACCAGCAGGCGUUCCAGGGCAAGCUGAUCAUGCGCUUCGACGAUACCAACCCAGCGAAGGAGAACGUACACUUCGAGCAGGUGAUACUGGAGGAUCUGGAGAUGCUGCAAAUCAAGCCGGAUCUGUUCACGCACACCUCCCAGUACUUCGACCUGAUGCUGGACUACUGCGUGCGGCUGCUGAAGGAGGGCAAGGCGUACGUCGACGACACGGAACCGGAGCAGAUGAAGAAGGAGCGCGAGGAGCGCGUGGAGUCGAAGAAUCGCAGCAACACACCGGAACGCAAUCUGGCGAUGUGGGCCGAAAUGGUGAAGGGUUCCGCGGCGGGCCAGAAGUGUUGCGUGCGGGCCAAGAUCGAUAUGGCCUCGCCGAACGGGUGCAUGCGCGAUCCGACCAUCUACCGGUGCAAGAACGAACCGCAUCCCCGCACCGGCACGCAGUACAAAGUCUACCCGACGUACGACUUCGCCUGCCCGAUCGUGGACGCGAUCGAGAACGUGACGCACACCCUGCGCACGAUGGAGUACCACGAUCGGGACGAGCAGUUCUACUGGUUCAUCGAGGCGCUCGGCUUGCGGCGCCCGUACAUCUGGGAGUACAGCCGGCUGAACAUGACCAACACGGUGCUGUCGAAGCGCAAGCUGACGUGGUUCGUGGCCGAGGGCCUGGUGGACGGGUGGGACGAUCCGCGCUUCCCGACCGUGCGUGGCAUCCUGCGCCGCGGCAUGACGGUGGAGGGCUUGCGCGAGUUCAUCAUUGCGCAGGGGUCGAGCAAAUCAGUCGUCUUCAUGGAGUGGGACAAGAUCUGGGCGUUCAACAAGAAGGUGAUCGACCCGAUCGCUCCCCGCUAUACGGCGCUCGAGAGCGAGGCGCGCGUGCUGGUCAACGUGGCUGGCGUGCAGCCGGGCACGAUGCAGGCCGCCGUCCAUCCGAAGAAUGCGGACAUCGGCACCAAGACGGUCCACUAUGGGCCGCGCGUGCUGAUCGAUCUGGCGGACGCGAAGGAGCUGAAGGAGGGCGAGAACGCCACGUUCAUAAACUGGGGCAAUCUGCUGAUCCGGAAGGUGAACCGGGGCGCCGACGGGGUGCCGGUUUCGGUCGACGCCACGCCGAACCUGGACAACAAGGACUACAAGAAGACGCUCAAGCUUACGUGGCUGUGCGAGCUGCCGGCGGACCAGUACACGCCGACGUACUGCGUGUACUUUGAGCAUAUCAUCAGCAAACCGGUGCUCGGCAAGGACGAAGACUUUAAGAGCUACAUCGGCCAUCAAACGAGGACCGAGGUGCCGAUGUUGGGCGAUCCGGAGCUGAAGCGGUUGAAAAAGGGCGACAUUAUUCAGCUGCAGCGGCGUGGAUUCUUCAAGGUCGAUCAGGCAUACCAGCCGGCCAGUGAGUUUAGCGGUGCCGAGACGCCGAUCGUACUGUUCGCCAUUCCGGACGGUCAUGUUGCAGCCGUACCGACGGCAAACGUUCCCAAGAAGGAAACGGCGGGAGAGAGCAAGAAGUCGAAACAACAGGCAGCGGUUAAACCAUCGAGCGGCAGUAGUGGAACUGUUUCGGACGCAGCCCACCUGAACGAAUCCAUCACCCAGCAGGGCGAACAGGUACGGAAGCUUAAAGCGGACAAAGCACCGAAGGCGGAUGUUGACGCGGCGGUGAAAGUACUGCUCGAGCUAAAAGCACAAUACAAAGCACAAACGGGCAGUGACUGGAAGCCGGGUGCAGCGGUAGUGGUUGCUUCAGCAGCGCCUGCAGCGGGCUCGUCCGAUGCCGAUUCCCUCAACGGUAAGAUCGUUGAGCAGGGCAAUUUGGUGCGCGAUUUGAAGGCGAAAAAGGCGGCCAAGCCUGAGGUGGACGCAGCGGUAAAGACACUGCUCGAGCUUAAAGCACAGUACAAGGCGGCUACGGGAAGUGACUGGAAGCCGGGAGCAGUCGUCGCCAGUCCAGCAGCAACCGCCGCCGCUGCCGCCCCCCAACCAACAGCGGCAGCAAGUGGAGGUGCCGACGCGAUCAAUGCAAAGAUCGUUGAGCAGGGCAAUUUGGUGCGCGAUUUGAAGGCGAAAAAGGCUGCCAAGCCCGAAGUGGACGCAGCGGUAAAGUCGCUGCUCGAACUGAAGGCACAGUACAAGGCGGCUACGGGAAGUGACUGGAAGCCAGGAGUAGUGCCACCAACAGCAGCGGCAUCUACCACACAAACUGCCGGUGCAUUGAAACCAUCCAACACCGCCACUGCUGCUCCUUCGGCAGAAGCGAUCAACACCAAGAUCAUUGCGCAGGGCGAUUUGGUGCGCGAGCUGAAGGGUAAGAAGGCACCGAAGGCGGAAGUGGAUGCGCAGGUCAAAGCGCUGCUCGAUCUGAAAGCCCAGUACAAGCAAGCGACCGGUGGCCAGGAGUGGAAACCGGGCUGCGUACCACCGGUAGUGAAGGAGAAGGAACCGGCGGCAAACCCUGCCGGUGGUGAGGCUGACCUGCUGGCCCAAAUCACCGCCCAGGGCGACAAGGUGCGAACGCUGAAGGGCAGCAAGGCGGACAAAGCGUCCAUCGAUUCGGCCGUUGCCGAGCUGCUGAAGCUUAAGGCAAGCUAUAAGACGCUGACGGGCAAGGACUGGAAGCCGGGUGCAACGGUUGCUUCGACCACCACCACCACCACCACCACACCUGCACCGGCUGCGGCAGAGAAGGAGAACAUGUGUCCGGCGAGCGGAACCGAGCUGGCGGAGAAGAUCGCCAAGCAGGGCGAUACGGUGCGCACGCUGAAGAGUGGCGGUGCGCCAAAGGCCGACGUUGAUGCGGCCGUUAAGAUCCUGCUCGAUUUGAAGGCAGACUACAAGAAGCUCACCGGUACGGAUUAUGCCCCGCCCGGUGGUGCUGCGGCCGGUGGACGGCAGCAAACGAAACCGAAGAAGGAAGCGAAGCCGAAAUCGGACCCAAAGCCCACCAAACAGGAAGCGAAACCGGCCAAGGACGAUGGGUCGGGAGGGCCGAAGAAGCAGACGCGCCUCGGGCUGGAAGCCACCAAGGAGGACAACCUGCCCGACUGGUACUCGCAGGUCAUUACCAAGGGUGAAAUGAUCGAGUACUACGACGUGUCCGGGUGCUACAUACUGCGCCACUGGUCGUUCGCCAUCUGGAAGGCGAUCCGGAACUGGUUCGAUGCGGAAAUUACCAAGCUCGGCGUGAAGGAGUGCUACUUCCCGAUCUUUGUGUCGCGGGCCGCGCUCGAGCGCGAAAAGACGCACAUCGCCGACUUUGCGCCGGAGGUGGCCUGGGUGACGAAGAGCGGCGACUCCGAGCUGGCGGAACCGAUCGCCGUCCGGCCGACGUCCGAGACGGUGAUGUAUCCGGCGUACGCCAAGUGGAUCCAGUCGUACCGCGACCUGCCGAUCCGUCUCAACCAGUGGAACAAUGUUGUGCGCUGGGAGUUUAAGCAUCCACAGCCGUUCCUGCGCACCCGCGAGUUCCUCUGGCAGGAGGGCCACACCGCGUUCGCGUCGAAGCAGGAAGCGGACGAGGAGGUGCUGACCAUCCUGGACCUGUACGCGAAGGUGUACACCGAUCUGCUGGCGAUCCCGGUGGUGAAGGGGCGCAAAACGGAGAAGGAAAAGUUUGCCGGCGGCGACUACACGACCACGGUCGAGGCGUACAUCUCCGCGUCCGGGCGGGCGAUCCAGGGCGCCACCAGCCACCAUCUCGGGCAGAACUUUUCCCGCAUGUUCGACAUCGUGUACGAGCAUCCGGAAACGAAGGAGAAGGAGUACGUGUUCCAGAACUCGUGGGGCAUCACGACGCGCACGAUCGGCGUCAUGAUAAUGGUGCACGCGGACAACCAGGGGCUGGUGCUGCCGCCGCGCGUCGCCUGCAUCCAGGUGGUGAUCGUGCCGUGCGGCAUUACGGCGACCACGACCGACGAGGAGCGGCGCCGGCUGUACGACAGCUGCCGCGAGCUGGAACGCACGAUUGCCGCGGCCGGCAUCCGGUGCGAAGGGGACUACCGGGACAACUACUCGCCCGGCUGGAAGUACAACCACUGGGAGCUGAAGGGUGUGCCGGUGCGCGUCGAGCUCGGCUUCAAGGAUCUGCAGAACGAUCAGUUCGUGGCGGUGCGCCGUGACAAUGGCGCGAAGCAGACGAUCAAGCGCGGCCAGGCGACGGCCGAGUUGGGCCAGCUGCUCGAAACGAUCCACGCCAGCAUGUACGAGCGGGCGGACCGUGAUCUGCACGCGCACACGAAGGUCACCAAGCAGUGGGGCGAGUUUUUGCAGUUCCUCGAGGCGAAAAACAUCAUCAUGGCGCCGUUCUGCGGUGAGAUUGCGUGCGAGGACCGGAUCAAGGCGGAGAGUGCGCGCGACGACGCGGAGGCGGAAGCGGGCGCCCCGGCGAUGGGUGCCAAAUCGCUCUGCAUCCCGUUCGAGCAGCCGGCCAAGAUUGAUCCGGCGGCCGACAAGUGCGUACAUCCGGCUUGUGGCCGGGUGGCCAAGUUUUACACGCUGUUUGGAAGAAGUUACUAACUUUUUGUUUGUUUUGUUUUGUUUUGGCGUGUCGCGCCGCCUGCCCACCUCUUGGUUGGUCGUCGUGCGACACGAGCGGAAUUAAUUAGAAGCUAUUUAAUGUGAAAUGGACUAACCACCCAAUCGUUCGUCGUUUGUCGUCAUUUAAGAGCAGUAAAGAUGUAAUACCGAUUUUUCUACAAUUGAAUGAAACUAAUUUGCUUACGGAUUUGUUUUAAUUUGGUACGAGAAAGUUGAAUUUUACUGCGUCGCCCGCACUACCACAAACGGAAAAUGAUGAAUUUAUCUAUGUGAAUAUUAAAUAAAGCUUUCGGACAAAUUGCUUCCACCACUGCUACCAGCGUGGACUAAAAUUCAAAGAGUGCUUCUUCCUUUCUCUCACUUCCUCCCCUGUCUUUGAGGGAUGCUGCGACCAAUCGAAACGCUACUAGCGCGGACCAAAAUACCAGGCAUCGUAACAGGAGACCAUUCAAAUCAGGAGGUAGCUCUAUCGAUCCACACUCUCACCACUAGUGUGAGAGGAUCUAUAGCUUACUCUCUCUCUCUUACUAGGCGCUUAUCAUACGAGAGGAAAGAUGACGAAGAGAGUGAGUAUCCUUUCUCUCACUCCCUCCACUGUCUGUGAGGGAUGCUGCGACCAAUCGAAACGCUACUAGCGCGGACCAAAAUACCAGGCAUCGUAACAGGAGAUCAUCCAAAUCAGGAGGUAGCUCUAUCGAUCCACACUCUCACCACUAGUGUGAGAGGAUCUAUAGCUUACUCUCUCUCUCUUACUAGGCGCUUAUCAUACGAGAGGAAAGAUGACGAAGAGAGUGAGUAUCCUUUCUCUCACUCCCUCCACUGUCUGUGAGGGAUGCUGCGACCAAUCGAAACGCUACUAGCGCGGACCAAAAUACCAGGCAUCGUAACAGGAGAUCAUUCAAAUCAGGAGGUAGCUCUAUCGAUCCACACUCUCACCACUAGUGUGAGAGGAUCUAUAGCUUACUCUCUCUCUUACUAGGCGCUUAUCACAUGCUCUUAUCAUACGGGAGGAAAGAUGACGAAGAGAGUGAGUAUCCUUUCUCUCACUUCCUCCCCUGUCUUUGAGGGAUGCUGCGACCAAUCGAAACGCUACUAGCGCGGACCAAAAUACCAGGCAUCGUAACAGGAGAUCAUUCAAAUCAGGAGGUAGCUCUAUCGAUCCACACUCUCACCACUAGUGUGAGAGGAUCUAUAGCUUACUCUCUCUCUUACUAGGCGCUUAUCACAUGCUUUUAUCAUACGAGAGGAAAGAUGACGAAAAGAGUGAGUAUCCUUUCUCUCACUCUCGCCACUGUCUUUGAGGGAUGCUGUGACCAAUCGAAACGCUACUAGCGCGGACCAAAAUACCAGGCAUCGUAACAGGAGAUCAUCCAAAUCAGGAGGUAGCUCUAUCGAUCCACACUCUCACCACUAGUGUGAGAGGAUCUAUAGCUUACUCUCUCUCUCUUACUAGGCGCUUAUCAUACGAGAGGAAAGAUGACGAAGAGAGUGAGUAUCCUUUCUCUCACUCCCUCCACUGUCUGUGAGGGAUGCUGCGACCAAUCGAAACGCUACUAGCGCGGACCAAAAUACCAGGCAUCGUAACAGGAGACCAUUCAAAUCAGGAGGUAGCUCUAUCGAUCCACACUCUCACCACUAGUGUGAGAGGAUCUAUAGCUUACUCUCUCUCUCUUACUAGGCGCUUAUCAUACGAGAGGAAAGAUGACGAAGAGAGUGAGUAUCCUUUCUCUCACUCCCUCCACUGUCUGUGAGGGAUGCUGCGACCAAUCGAAACGCUACUAGCGCGGACCAAAAUACCAGGCAUCGUAACAGGAGAUCAUCCAAAUCAGGAGGUAGCUCUAUCGAUCCACACUCUCACCACUAGUGUGAGAGGAUCUAUAGCUUACUCUCUCUCUCUUACUAGGCGCUUAUCAUACGAGAGGAAAGAUGACGAAGAGAGUGAGUAUCCUUUCUCUCACUCCCUCCACUGUCUGUGAGGGAUGCUGCGACCAAUCGAAACGCUACUAGCGCGGACCAAAAUACCAGGCAUCGUAACAGGAGAUCAUUCAAAUCAGGAGGUAGCUCUAUCGAUCCACACUCUCACCACUAGUGUGAGAGGAUCUAUAGCUUACUCUCUCUCUUACUAGGCGCUUAUCACAUGCUCUUAUCAUACGGGAGGAAAGAUGACGAAGAGAGUGAGUAUCCUUUUUCUCACUCCCGCCACUGUCUGUGAGGGAUGCUGCGACUAAUCGAAACGCUACUAGCGCGGACCAAAAUACCAGGCAUCGUAACAGGAGAUCAUUCAAAUCAGGAGGUAGCUCUAUCGAUCCACACUCUCACCACUAGUGUGAGAGGAUCUAUAGCUUACUCUCUCUCUUACUAGGCGCUUAUCACAUGCUUUUAUCAUACGAGAGGAAAGAUGACGAAAAGAGUGAGUAUCCUUUCUCUCACUCUCGCCACUGUCUUUGAGGGAUGCUGUGACCAAUCGAAACGCUACUAGCGCGGACCAAAAUACCAGGCAUCGUAACAGGAGAUCAUUCAAAUCAGGAGGUAGCUCUAUCGAUCCACACUCUCACCACUAGUGUGAGAGGAUCUAUAGCUUACUCUCUCUCUUACUAGGCGCUUAUCACAUGCUCUUAUCAUACGAGAGGAAAGAUGACGAAGAGAGUGAGUAUCCUUUCUCUCACUCCCUCCACUGUCUUUGAGGGAUGCUGCGACCAAUCGAAACGAUAUCAGCUACCGCUUUCUCCGCUCUAAUAACAACACAAUAUAGCAUCAGCGAGAAAGAGAUCAGAGAUAUGGAUCAGCUGAUACGAGCUUGCUCCUGCGUAGGAUGGUCUCCAGUUACCAAACAUGGCAAAUCGGUGUCCGAUUUGAAAUCGCUGCGGGCAGGGUUGCUUGGAUUUUGUGAUGAUCGCAAGUGAUCAUUCUAAUUACAGGAAUCAAAACAGGAAUUAGUAUACCAUAAUAAACACCGUGUAUUAGAGAAAGAAUGUCGUCGUCUGCUAGAGUAGCUCCGCGUUCGCGUUCGUCAUCAUGUAAUGCGGCAAAAUCAACAACUCAGGGCACAGUAAAGUUCUGUCGUAGAAUUCGUAUUAGCCCCAGGUUUAUUACAAAUAGUUGCGUCGUAAAUUGGACUGCUUGUUUGCUGCAUAAAGAAAUAAUAAUAUACCGCUAUGUUUUCUUUCAUCUAUUUAAAUAUUUAUAUCCAUUUCGUCCGAUCACGUGUUUGCUUGUCCGUGUGUGUUUGUUUCAGUGUAAUUGAUGUCUCGCAUUUUUACCAUCACGUCCACGUGCCUACCCUCUCCGUUGAGUUGUGUUGUCCACCGAAACCCAAAAGCUUAAAGGCGCACGCGUUCUAGCAGAAGUUAUGUAAAUUUUGAAUUAUCGUUACAUCCGUGUAAAAACUAUCCAUCGCUUCCCAUCGGAUCAGCCCUGUUUUUUGCCAUAAUCUCACCCAACCUCUACCCUAUUAUUUCCAUCAUAAAGAGUGUUUUCAUUCUUUACGCAAGAAAUUGGAAAAAUAUAUUGCCCUUUCAUCAUCAUAAUCCAAUUCCGUACUUAUCGUCGAUUGAGUUGAUUUUUAAAAUGUCACAAGAACUGUCGGAUGGAUAAUGCGAAGGACAAGCUUGCUGAUCGUUGUUGCGGCGUCUUCCGUUCAGACAGCAAGGGAGGGAGGGAGGGCUAGGAUUGUAUGACCAGUGGUAGCGGAACUUGGGGCAAGUGUGCCACCUUAAGCAUUUCAAGUUACAACUCACUAAAACGUGUUUUUCAAAAGCCGAUUUAAAUCUCAUAACCAUUUUACAUAUAUUUCCUCACUUAUAAAUGAGUUUCGCUUGAAAAAAGUGCAAACAAAACAGUUUUUGAAGCGUUUUAAAAAAGGUCCAAAAAGACGUUCUUUUUUGGGCUAUGGGGCAAGAGUGCCACUCGUAUGGGGCAAGACGGCCACCUGGUUAAAAUAACCGUAUUUCUUAGAUAAUUGGAAAUUAUUACGUUUGUACCACUAGUGCAUGUAUUCCUACAUGUAUUUAGUCACCAAUGAACCCUUUUUGACCACCAAUUGUACCACAAUAAGGUUUGUUACUGUUCUGUUUUUCUGGCGUGGAAUCCGAUCACAAUAGCGCACCAUUCCGCAGCACGCUACAACAAUGUUUACAUUUUUAACAGCUCGCGCCUAUGAAAGAUGGAGGCACACUUGCCCCAAACAGAGAUGGCACACUUGCCCCAAAAGUUGUAACUUUUUUGAAAUUGAAUUUUUCAGUGACAAAAAAAAAGUUUUUUUCAACUAACCCCACAAAAAAUUUCACGUUUUCUCAGCUAUACGGUGGUGUAAAUAUUUUCUCGGUUGAUUGUUCGCAUGAUUUUUGAGAGCUUAUUUGGUUGCAUUAAAAAAUUGUAAUAUUCUGCUCAAUUUUGAAACUCAAUGUAAAUCAGUUCAAAACAAUGGGAAAUAUCGAUUGGUCUAUAUGAAAUUAGGCUCAGAAUACCUAGUCAUUGGAAAGCAACCAACUGUAUACAAAAUUAAUCAUUAAACUACAGUUUUCAAGGAAAAAUGCUUGGUGGCACUCUUGCCCCAUAUGGCACACUUGCCCCAAAUUCCGCUACGCUGUUGGAUGAUAUAUUGUUUUUUUUUUUGUAAUAAACUUAAACUGUUUAAAAGUUGGUCAUCGGUUCAGUUUGGUACAGUCGUCGAGCUGUACGUACGCGACUCUGCAGCAAGCCCGCCAUGGGAUCAAAUCUAGAAAGGGGACCAAGCCGCCCCCUCAUACGCAGGGCUGUGGAAAGGUGGUGGCCCGCAAAAACCCUGUUUUUUUUUUUAAUAGAACGAUCGCUACCAAUGCAAGGCAAUUUGAACUGUUCAGUACAC